AGCUACACUACCGCUGGUAUAGCUCUCAGGGUCCUUGGCAUACUCAAACCCCCUCACCACGAUAAGGUGGAGGGGUGAUCUAUAUAAUGUGGAGUAAAGAUAAAUGUUGCCCCUACUGCAACUCAAGCUCUGAGCCCUUGGCCAUCCAGCCUUUAUCCGGCUGUUAUACCAACUACUCUGUCCUUAUUCUUGCAAAAGGAACUACUGUUGAAAACAAAUUGCACUUAGGGUGUUGCUCUCUAUAAUGUUUAAUAGUUGCUACCGUGGCCAUGCAGAUUUAGAAAAUUUAAUAGAUAUCACUCAGUGGAACUAUUUAUAUUCAGCCAGGUAUUGGAAGAUAUCAGAUCAAGAGAAAAGAGAUGGCGGAAACAUGACUUUUUGUUCAUCAGUUCACACGAGAAAAAAAUGGGUGUUCCAGCUUCAGUUUAGAGUCUUAGACUACUUCGAGUAGAAUAUGAAGGCCGUUACCAUACUGUUGGCGUUGAGAAUUUCCCAGUCCGCUCUUGUCUCAGGAAACACACACCUACUGACUUCACAAGAGAAGUGCCUGCUGCAUUAUAUAGUGGAUAUUGCGUACCAGCACUUCAAACCGGGACGAUCUGUCCUUGUUUCUCUGCCGACUGAUGCAACAAAGAAGAUCCAAAUUCGACGCACAAUUACUCCACUGCCAUCAUGUACCGACAACACGCAUAUGGUUUACGCCUUUCUUCAGAAGCUGAACCAUAUAACAAGGUGGCCGCUUCAGAUCUCCUGUGUAGGCUCCAGAGUCCCUGAAAUUAUGUUCGAUGACUUUGGGAAACAUCACAGUUAUAUGAUAUUCACAUGGGCCGAUGAAGGGGAGGAUGAUAUCAUGGGAAAUUUAAUCUACCAGUUGGAAGAGAUGAAGGACAGCCCUUCGUGGAACCCUCGAGCGAGGUUUAUCGUUGCCAUUAUAGCACAGCCCUCACAAAAUGCUUCACUUAUGGCUUUAGAAAUCGCGGAGGAACUGUGGAACAAUUAUAGGGUUGCUGAUGUACUUCUUAUGGUUCCAAAAGCGGAUAACACCUGUACGAAAAAUGCAGAAUCUGCAUGUAAAAAGGAUAUCCCUCUAUCUUUCGGAUUAUACACUUGGAUUCCAUAUGAAUCGCACAAAAAAUGUGCGAAAAUUAACGUCUUCUUAAUAGGAGAAUUGACUCUUGAAAGUAAACGAAGGUCCUUGAAGGGAGCAUCACUUUUUCCAGUUAAAAUCCCGAAGCAUUUUCAUGGAUGUCCUCUUAAUGUGUCGACCAUUCAUACUCCUCCGGCUCUUGUAGUGAACAACGUCGCUGGCCAUAUUCACUCUGGUUUAGAAGUGCAGUAUUUGGACCAGUUUGCGCAGGCGAUGAAUGCAACUUUAGUAUACCAAGAAGUUGCUCCUGGAGAUGCAGUGACGGUUCGUUUGGAAACCCUUAGUGACUUACACAAAGGUUCGACGGACCUCGCGUUCGGCGGCUUCCCGCUUCAUCCAACGGCUGCGGUAUUCGCAGACCCGACUGUAUCUUACUUGGAAGACAAUUUGGUUUGGUACGUUCCCUGCGGCAUGCCUAACGCCCGAAUGGAGAGGGUUGCGGCAAUAUUCACACCUUCCUUGUGGCUGGCAAUGUGCACUGUGUUUCUGUUAAUAGUUGUUGUUAUGUGGGGGUUGGCUAACUGCACAAGAUUUACUCAGAUAAACAAAUCACAUGCUUGCAUAGGAGUCUCGGACUCGAUCAGCGUUAUCUGGGCCGUAUACUUAGGAGUUUCUGCGCCAAAGAUACCAAGAAACGAUGCAGUGAGAACAAUGUUUAUCUUUGUUGUUUGGUACAGUUUCGCCACAAGCUGUGUGUUUCAGACAUACUUUACCAGCAUUCUUGUGAAUCCGGGAAUGAGUCAGCAAAUUGUAACUCUGGAAGAACUCUACCAAUCUAAUUUAGUUUACCACUACAACAACAGGACUGAUUCCUUCGUAAAAUUUACUGAUCCUGAAUACUACAGUGAAAUACGUCUAGAAAAAAAGGAAUGUCGUUACAGAGGCACCUGUAUUAUUGAUUACUUAAGUAACACGAAUGUCGCUACCAUAUCUUCUAGCUUUCAUGCAGAGUACUACACUCUAGCUGCGAUACCGGCUGGGAGUUCGACUCCACGGAUGUGCACGCUGAAGGACAAAUUUUAUAACAUUCGCUAUACCAUGUACAUUGAGAAGGGGAGUUUUCUAGUUGACAGCUUCAACAGAAUUAUACGUCGAGUGAUUGAAGCUGGUUUGAUAGAAAAACUGAAGCAAGACACCAAAACCAGUUGGAGAUAUGGAAAAUUUUCUGAACCUCAUUUAACCAUUGACACAGUUGUCGAAACAAAUAGGGACGAAUCGGAUUAUUUUGUAUUUUCCAUGUCCCACUUGAAACUGGCUUUCUACUUUCUAAUACUAGGAUAUCUACUUAGUAUCAUCAUGAUUGUAGGAGAGCUGCUGUUUGCCAGGUACACAAGCCCACAGGAAGAGUAGAACGUAUAGUCUGCGCACUCAAGACCAACUUACUUGUAUUUCGAGCUCGUUUGGAGCAGUGGUUAUUAAUAUUGUGACGUGUUGCCUGAAAGCCGGACUAUAGAACAUCCACUGCUGCGCAACGGAGAAUGAGAACUCAUACUACCUAAGGAACUGCCUACCCAACAGAGGCAGAAUUGUUGAAUUCCCGCGGCAACGGAUAUACCAGCUAAUAAAUAUUCCAGCUAACAGCAAAACUGAACCUUUCGACAAGAUGGCCUCUAUCCCGUCUGAGCGUGGGAUAUAAGCGAAGAGCAGUUCAGAGGACCAAGUCAGUGGUCGCGAGUCCCAAGGGACUCGGACCCGAGGAAGACUGCACCGGUAUGGGCCAGCAGCAUAUACGAGACAGACCCGUCCUCUCGUCAGAGAGGGCGCCCCACAAAAAGAAGACCGUAACUGUAACUGCCAAACCAGAAAUCAGAAAGAAGCAGGUGGCAAGCAGAGUAAUCUGAGUCUCUCCUGUCCAUGUAGGAUCGAGAGAAAUUACAGUCAGUCACGUGACAUACGGUGCGCUCAUAAUUACUUCUUCUGAAAAUGAGCAAAAGAGCCUUUAUUGAAUCGGUGGAAGAAUUUGUGUGGAAACAAUUGAUAUGAACAUCUUUAUACAUCAAAUUACAUGGAGAAAGUUAUCAGUGGCAGUCAAUUGUAUGUCAACAGCAGAAAAAGCAUGAUCUCGGAGCUACCUGCGUAUGUCUCUAACUACCGGUCCGCAGCGCUUCAUCUUAAGAGUAGUACGUUACA